CGUAUUAUUUGUAAAGACGAUUGUGAACAAACCCAUUUUUCUUGAAAGAGAUCCUGUUAACAUCAGGGGGAAUCUCCAUAUUUUGGUAUUAAUGUUCUGUACGCAUUCGUUUUCAAUCAUAUUUUCUCCUGAUCUGAAAACAGAAAAAGCAAGAAACAAGGAAAUAAAAAUACAUCACAAUGUUGAAGAUUGUUUGCUGCUUGUUACUACUGCUACAACAAACGCUCGGUGCGUCACUUCCAGAGAGUAGUAAUGCAAACCUGAGUUCACAGUCGUUUUUCAGAAGCUUGAUUACAGGAACUGGCGGUCUGUCUGGAGAAGUCGACAAUGAGAUACUGGAGGAUGAAUUUUCACAGAGUGAAGGAGAAACACAGGACGCCUCGAUUCCUGAGACUGGGUUUGGCCAUAAGAAAGCGUUCUACGCCUAUCUAAGCGUUACUCGAUGUUAUCACACGGGCAACACUAUCAUAUUUGACAGGGCACCGGUCAAUUUUGGUAACAGAUACAGUGUCCAUACCGGUGUGUAUAUAGUUCCUAAAUCGGGACUCUACGCUUUCACCUGGACCGUUGCCGCCGAGAAGAAAACCUGGUUUGUGUCGGAAUUAAGAGUGAACGGCGUCGUGAAGGGAAAUAUCAUGACCGAUUCUGACGUAACCGGACACGCAAGUGGCAUUCAUCCAUCGACAGGGUUUGCUUUGGUUAAUGUCAAGCAUGGUGACCACGUUUACAUCAGAUAUGUAUCGGGCUAUGGGUGUAAGGUUAAAAGCGACAGAAUGACACGUUCAACCUUUUCUGGUUGGCGUUUGUCCUAAGCUGCGUGUAUGGAAGCGUACGAAGUGCAGAAACACAGCCCGUCUAUGAUAACGUUAUGUCAUUAUCAUUUACUUACUAAUAUCUCAACCAAUCUUUUUUGUUUUGUUUUACUUUCUAUCAUAAAAUAAAUUUAUAAAAUAUAAAUGAAUUUCGCUUAACAUUUCAAGAAAGAUUAUCAAAAAAGCAAACAUUUGAUGUCAACUGAAAUCGAUCUAUGCAAAUAACAUUAACUUCACACAUUUUUAUUUUUAAAAAGACGUAUUGUCUCAGUUUAAGAUACAUGUGAUAAAAUGGCCUGCAAACUUUAUUAAUCUAAUAGUUUCAUUCUCUUUCAUGUCAUAUGUCAUUUCUGUUGGUAAAAUAAACCAUCUUCAAAGCAUG